AGCCUUCACAUGAUGAAUUCGAACUUCCUGAUAAUUGCUCUAUAGAUGACCAUGCUUCGGAACUCAAAGUAGAUGAUCCUUUAGAUGAACAUGCUGUCAAAGGCUACGUAAUCAAACUCAUUCUCUCGCUAAACAUGUCGCAAAUAAAACGCGGCAAGAUACGAGAAAAGAAGAGUCAAGCAAUGCGAGAAAAUGACAGGAACGAAAGAAAAUCUCUUUCCCAUACUGAAGCGCAAGCAGUACAAUAG